GCACGAUAAUUUCUGACAGCAUUUGAAUUUCAUUUUUUGAAUCGUGUGUUUGGUCUGGAAAGCUCGUUCUUUAGACGAAUUUUGACAAUAGAAUUUCUGCUUCUGUUUCUAUAACCUGAAAGCAACGAAUCAUACGUGACUGCUGUAACUCGACAUAUAUUUUACCGCGAUUGUAAAUUGUAACUGAAUAAUGGGAAGCAGCGGCCAACUGUAUAGUCUCUCCUGGGGAGAAUUUAGUUCAUCGUUAGCUUCCUCGGUGCAGCUAUUGAGAGGUCAUGGUGAUCUAGUUGAUGUUACUUUAGCUGCCGGUGGGCGCAGUUUUCCUGCACAUAAGAUAGUUCUUUGUGCAGCUAGUCCAUUUCUAUUGGAUUUAUUAAAGAGCACACCGUGUCAACAUCCAGUGGUCAUGUUAGCUGGUAUAGGUGCUGAUGAUUUAGAAUCAUUGUUGGAGUUUGUGUACCGUGGUGAAGUGAGUGUAGAACCAUCUCAGUUGCCUUCUCUGCUUCAAGCUGCUCAUUGCCUUUGUAUUCAUGGAUUAACACCACCUACUAUAUUAACCGAGAAUGGAGAAGAGGUACCAGCAUCAGCAAUACCAGCAGCAAACGAAUCCUUAUCAAAGGAAACUAUUAGUCCAUAUUAUCCAUUAAAACGACGGAAGAAAAGAAGAAAAUCCUCGUCGUCUUCUGGGAAAUGGCCACGUACUAGUAGUAAUACUGAUAAUGAAAAUAGAGCCAUAGAUGGAAGCGAUAACCGAUCAGCUAGUUACGAUCAUAAAGACGAAGAGAAUGCGGAACACGGCGAUGAUACAGCAGCGAACGAUCGAUUGGAAUAUUCGAAUCAUCGGAGUUGUCAUUCGCCACGUGCACAAGAAGCGCAGCCGGUGCCGACAGAAAAUUCUCAAGCAGGACCUCAUCAGGAUCAAAUAUCGGACAAUGAGUUGCAUCUUCAUACUUUAAUGCCAAUGCAGCCAUAUUCUCCACUGCACAUACCACAGUUUCCAGGCCCCCUCAGUAUGGGUUUUCCUCCUGGCAUACCGCUUCCGUUAGUUACCCAGAGUCCCACUACUGCAACAGCAUCUUGCGGACUUACCGGGAAUAUGAAUUUGUCUAAAAUACGUGGUGCAUCGGAUUGUCCAGGUGUUUGCCCGCUUUGUGGUGCUACGUUACGGCAAGCGAGAAAUUUACGUAGACAUCUUUUAUCAUCGUGCAAAUAUAGGUUUAGUAGUAAUCCGGUUCCGAGUUCUCCGGCUGACCCGAUGAUGAUAGAAAUAAAACCUGAAGUUGAGUUGCCCGGUUAUAAUGAGCAGUCUAUAACAUAUGGAACUGAUAGUGGAAGUAGUACUUGCGAGCAAAUAAUUUGUAAGCCUAGCCCACUUCCUUCGCCAACGUUGCAUGGGCCGAAUGUUGUCUCACCUCAAAGCAAUAUUCCUUCUCCAACUAUCGCCAGAUGAAUGUACAGUGUGGAAUUAAAAGCACAGAUUUGACACGAGCAAACUAAUUAUUCAGUGAAUCAUUUGGUUCUGUUAUUUUAAUUCAGGGUCUACCUUGUUAUUUUUUCAGUGAUCUGUUCCAGCUCCCGUAAUUUAAGGAAACGCAAUCUUUUUUUUUAUCUAUCGGUUUACUGAACCUCUACAAAUUUUUUGUUUGGAUGGUUUAUGAAAUAUGUAUAAAAGAAAUGGACUGACAUUACUUUAAAUAAUUUGUCAUAAAUUGAUUGUUAUAUUAUUUGUAUAGUUUAUUUUAUAUUUCUGAAUAAUAAAGAUUUGGCCAAUUUA